AGAUCAAACUAUCAAACAUCAAAUAUUUAGCAGUGAUUCUAAUACGAACCAGAGACAGUAAAUUGUAGCAUUUUGAGUGUUCGGUGCAGGUUUAUACAAGUAUCGGAACCAGAGGAGAAUAAGCCAGUGUGUAGCUAAUAAAGAGAACAGUUUACCGCUGAGUAGUCGUGUUUUCCGUCCUGAUACAAGUUAUCCAGGCGAGCCCACUAGAGAUACUCCACUUCGGACAAGAUAGCAAGAAGUACUUCAAGGGGAGAUAUAUAUAAGACUUCAAGAUGAGUUUGGUGGGUGGUUAUCCCCAAAACUUUCAUUCUACAGGGCCACAUCACGAGUAUUACGCAGCCUAUCCACAAACCAGGUACCAAGAAUCGCAGUUCGCGCACACGCAUUCCGAACCUUAUUUCCAGAACUGGAUGGUAAGUCCCCCUGGACUAAGCCCAGAUAUGCCUAUUUCGGAGAACGUGAACGUUUAUGGGGGAUACACAAAUUCACCGUCUCCCGGGGGAGAUCCUAAUUGUCAAAUGGAAGCUAUGCAUCGUAUGGGGUACACUAUAGGCCCCGAUGGACAGAUUGUACGCGUGGUGAAAAGAAAAAAUACAGCAAAUAAAAAAGAACGAAGAAGAACUGUUAGUAUAAAUACAGCUUUUGCAAAUCUUAGAGGGUGUAUACCAAAUGUACCCUCAGAUACAAAACUGUCUAAAAUCAAAACUUUAAGACUCGCAACCAGUUACAUUGCAUACCUCACAGACGUUUUAAAUAAAGAAGACGAUAAAAAUGUCGAAGAAUUCAAAGCUGAUUUAUCCAGGAAAAAUGAAAGCAGGGAGGAGAAAAAGCGAAAAGAAAUGGCGCUCUUGAGUUCUGAUCUAGAAAACAGUAACACCUCAAGUUCAGAAAAGAAAAACAAAGGAAGGACUGGGUGGCCUCAGACUGUAUGGGCACAAGAACUGAAAUGAAACACAACAUAAACAUUAUGAAAUAAAGUUAAUUAUUUGUGUACACAUGCCCCGGGACAAAACGUUACACUUGGAAAUGUGAUAGCAAACAACAUGGUGGACAUCGGAGAUGUUUCGUCCAGUGUGAUUCCAUAACGAGGCUGUUCUAUCAUCGGCCAUGUAUGCGACAGUGCUUCCCCCUGGAGGUAGCCAAUGAAGAUAGGUUAACGUAAAUAAUUACCACUAAGCUUUAUAUGACAGGAGAUUCUACUUGCCUUGGUCAAAUUUUUACAUUAUAUGGACAGAACAUUGAUAUCCAUUAUC